AUGGAAAGAUUCUUACAACUAUGUGAUUCUCGAGAAGAUCAAGUACCAGUUGAUGGGGAGAAUGUGAAUAUGCGAAUAGCAAAUCCGACUACAUCAGCGCAGUAUUUCCAUCUUCUCCGAAGACAGAAUGCUCAUUCAAGGGAAAAACCAGAUCUCGGUGAUGUCAUGAGCACUACAAUUCCACAUGGGAAAUCAUUGUUUUACGGUUCCGAGUCAGCUUGGAAACAUACGAUUUGA